AUGGAGGUGGUGUAUCCCGAAAGGGUUUUUGAUUUGAGCUCGGGCAGAUCGCAUCGCCGUUUGAUGAGCAGUAUAAAUCAUUCGCCGUCGGCGACAGAUUCUACUGCGACUUCCGAAGACAAGUCUAGAAUAGCUAAUGGCGGAAGCAUAUCGGUGAGCUUCAACAGCGCUGCUUAUAGGUUGCCAGACACGCUCGACCAGCUGCAGACACCGGUGAUCAACCGAGUAACCAGCGAAGACUCUUGGCCCGUGUUCAAGCCGUUUGAGAGCCCCAGACCUUUGCCGUUGCCGGGAUCAAUGGCUGCAGUGACCACUCAAGCCAAUAUAGAGCUACUCCCGACGCAGCUUCGCCGUAGGAAAUCUGCGCGGGCUAUCAAUGACAGUUCGUCCGACGAGGUCAUCAGCCAGUUCUCACAAUGGGACAAUUAUAGAAACACAUCGCAACAGUCGCGAAGAAACGAGCAAAUAGCAUCCAAACCGCCCAUAAGAAGGGCAAGUGUGCGAAGAAACGAUUUUACCAGUAAAAAGGAAGUGCAACAGUCAAAAGAGAGUAAAAAGUUUCUGUUUCAUAAGGGGUUCUUCAAAAAAACCAAGUCACAGCCAGUAACUAGGAGAUUCCUCAGAAAUAGAGCAGGCUUGAAUGCUGUUCUCAAUUUUAUUGACUUGCAAUCGAUGAGUCCGAGCGACGUUGUGUCUUCUGACGUGGCGACAACUUAUGCACCACGGAAAUUGCUUCGCCGUUGUCCAGCGAUAAUAGAAUCAUACAAGGCGCCCUUACGCGAGUACGUUGCUGCGAUAUCCAGGCAAGGCUCAGUACAAAGAUCCUCCAAGUCCCCAUUGCUUGCUGAAAGACCGAAAACUACAAAAAAACGGACUGCUUUGAGCAGAUCCCAUUCCACUCCAUCAGCAAUACGACACAUAAGAUCAAGUUCGUAUUCACCUCAAUCACGAAUAGUGCACGAGCUCUGGAAAGAGUAUCUCAGAUUGGUAAUUUUCCAAAGAAUUCAAUUGAGGCUGUCAUUAACUAAUAUUGAUGAUUCUGCAAGCGUAUCAUCAAAAGCGUCACCAGAAUUGUCUCCUAUUGCAUUUAGCAGUUAUUCUCCAGAUAAGCAAAACAGAAAGCAUAAAUUCUAUCGCGUAUCAAGUCAAGAAAGUUAUUACUCUUCCACCCCACCAAUUACACCAUCUUCCAAUGCAGUUUGCGCUAUGAGAAAAGCAUAUUAA